CAAAAAGUUCCUUCCGUUUCACUCUGCCCUCUUGAUCAGCUUCUCGACAAUUUUGAAUACCUUCAUAUCGGAAUCGACCUCCCCUCAAUCUCCAUCCGCGCCACCAAGCCGGGCCCCCUGCCAAUCGAUCGUGGGCUAGUCUAGUACCCUCGCAAAUCUCGAUUCCAACCGUCACCACACUCUAUACUUAGUUCGCUUGCCAAUUGUCCGCCAUGUCCGACCAGAGCGAGUACCCUUCCGAGUCCAUUGGAUCCGACAACGGACUGAGACCACUCUCCAAUGUGGACGAUCUGUCCCUAGGAAACCCUAGUAACAACGAUCUGUCUCGCAUCAUGAACCGUGCCGGCAUUGCGUUGGCCAAUGGCUUCCCCCUUGAUGAUGACGAGGACGAAGAGGAUGUGGAUGAGGAUUACGUUUCGGUCGACCAGGACGACGCAAAUGAUUUCCCAUACUGGUUCCGUCGCCCGCCCACUCACCAUCGCACCAAGCUGGAUGAGCUGCACCCAUUUGUUCAGUUGCUGUCUGUCUCAAAUGUCGAAGACUGUAUCAAGGUCGAAAAUGCUUUCCCGGAGCCGGAGCGUUGCUCGCGUGACAAGUUUAAAUAUCGUCUCACUAGAUGCCCUGAGCUUAGUCUCGGUCUUUUCACUCUCCCUCUUCUUGGAGAGGGAGAGCCCAAACCCCGCCCAACGCUUGUUGGGCAUAUCAUCGCCACUCGCACCUCAGAGCCGCUUGUGACGGAUCGGUCUAUGCGCCUUCCGGACAACUGGCAAAAUGAGCGUUGGUCCUUUGAGGACUCCCAGGCUGUUGGCCACGAAGAAGGUGGCAGCACCAUUGCCAUCCACUCUCUCGCCGUUGAGCCAGAGCACCAGGGCAAGCAAGUCGGAAGCACCCUGAUGAAGUCUUAUAUUCACCGUAUCCGGGAGGCCCAGAUCGCCGAUCGCAUUGCAAUCAUCGCGCAUGACCACCUGAUUCCCUUCUAUGAGUCGUUUGGCUUUGAGUCCCGCGGUCCCAGCAAGUGCCAGUUUGGUGGCGGUGGAUGGGUUGAUUUGGUUCUGGAGUUUGGUCCUGAACCGCAGGAGUAGUUAUACGUGGGUUUUUAUUUUGCAUCUUUUACGGCGUGGACCGUGUUAGGCCACUGUUGGGUUUUCUUUUCUUUUUUUUUUUUUUCCUUUGGUUUUAUCAUGCCCCCUAUUACGCACGUUCAUGUCCGGUGGGUUCCUAUGGGUUCGAGAGAAAAGCAACGGAGUUUGGGGUGGGAUUAUGGCCAUUCAAUUCAGUUCUAUGGAUGGGAUAGGAAAAGGCUUCCCGACCCAAGGCUUGUUUUGUUUAUGUAGCAUAGUUACAAUGCAAUGUACAUGAACGCAGCCUGAAUUGAG